UUGGCGCGCGCCCUGUGCACCUGUGCGUCCCGGGGGAGGCGCCGUCUCAGCCACCGCGUCCGCCGCCAGAUCGUCCGGCAGCCCAAGCCGAGCCGGAACCACAGCCCGAGCCCGAGCCCGAAGCGCGGCUGGAGCCGGAGCCGGAGCCGGAGCCGCAGCCGCGAUGAGCAGCGCCCCGGACGGCCCGGGUCCUCUGGACGGAGAUAUUGAUCAACAAGAGAUGAUUGCAAGUAAGAAGAGUGCUGUACUUGUGGAUGGAAUUGUGCUAAAUGGCCCUACAACAGAUGUAAAAGCAGGAGAAAAAUUUGUUGAAGAGGCCUGUAGGCUAAUAAUGGAAGAAGUAGUUUUAAAAGCUACAGAUGUCAAAGAGAAGGUGUGUGAAUGGCAGCCUCCUGAACAACUGAGGCAACUCCUUGACUUGGAGAUGAGAGACACAGGCGAGCCACAUGACAGGCUCUUGAAACUCUGCCAGGAUGUCAUACGUUUCAGCGUCAAAACUAGUCACCCAAGAUUUUUCAACCAGUUGUAUGCUGGUCUUGAUUAUUACUCCUUGGUGGCCCGACUAAUGACAGAAGCAUUGAACCCUAGUGUUUAUACGUAUGAGGUGUCCCCAGUGUUUCUGUUAGUGGAAGAAGCGGUUCUGAAGAAAAUGAUUGAAUUUAUUGGCUGGAAAGAAGGGGAUGGAAUAUUUAACCCAGGUGGUUCAGUAUCUAAUAUGUAUGCAAUGAAUUUAGCGAGAUACAAAUAUUGCCCUGAUAUUAAGGAGAAGGGGAUGUCUGGGUUGCCAAGAUACCUGUUCACAUCUGCAGAGUGUCAUUACUCCAUGAAGAAGGCAGCUUCCUUCCUUGGGAUUGGUACCGAGAACGUGUGCUUUGUGGAAACAGAUGGAAGAGGUAAAAUGAUACCCGAGGAGCUGGAGAAGCAAAUCUGGCAAGCCAGAAAAGAGGGGGCAGCACCAUUUCUUGUCUGUGCCACCUCUGGUACAACUGUGUUGGGCGCCUUCGAUCCUCUGGAUGAAAUAGCGGACAUCUGUGAGAGGCAUGGCCUUUGGCUCCAUGUGGAUGCUUCUUGGGGUGGCUCAGCUUUGGUGUCAAGGAAGCACCGCAAGCUUCUGCGUGGCAUCCACAGGGCCGACUCAGUGGCCUGGAACCCACACAAGAUGCUGAUGGCUGGAGUCCAGUGCUGUGCUCUUCUGGUGAAAGACAAAUCUGAUCUGCUUAAGAAAUGCUACUCGGCUGAGGCAUCUUACCUGUUCCAGCAGGAUAAAUUCUAUGACAUCAGCUAUGACACAGGAGACAAGUCUAUCCAGUGUAGCAGGAAACCUGAUGCAUUUAAGUUCUGGAUGACCUGGAAGGCUGUGGGCACACUAGGCCUUGAAGAGAGAGUUAAUCGUGCCCUUGCUUUAUCUAGGUACCUAGUAGAGGAAAUCAAGAAAAGAGAAGGAUUCAAGUUACUGAUGGAACCUGAAUAUGCCAAUAUUUGCUUUUGGUACAUUCCACCAAGCCUCAGAGAGAUGGAAGAAGGACCGGAGUUCUGGGAGAAACUUAGUCUGGUAGCCCCAGCCAUUAAGGAGAGGAUGAUGAAGAAGGGAAGUCUCAUGCUGGGAUAUCAGCCCCAUCAGGGGAAGGUCAACUUCUUCCGCCAGGUGGUGAUCAGCCCUCAAGUGAGCCGGGAGGAUAUGGACUUCCUCCUGGAUGAGAUAGAUAUCCUGGGUAGAGAUAUGUAGCAGUGGCUUUCGUCCCCCAGAACAGGGAUCCUGUCCUGGGGAGGAGUACUUCAUAGGUUACAGCUCUUCUGAUGACAAUUAGGAAAUAUUCCCAGUCCCAUGCAAAAACCUAAAAUGCUAAGAAAAUAGUGUUCAGAGCUCUUUUGAUGACUGGGCAUUAUUGUUUUAGAAAAAGGAAAAAUAUUACAUUGCUGUUUAAAGAGCAUUAAAAAGAAUAGUUUAAAGCAGUGGUUCUCAAUGUGGUGCCCUUCCUCAAGCCUUACUUCAGCAAACUGAGUCAGAAAUGCUGGGGGCAGGACCCAGUGUUCUGUGUUUUAACAAAUCCACCAUGUUAAAACAUGAUGCAUGGUUAAAAUCUGAGAAAACCAUUGUAUUGAGUAAGCAACUGGUCUGACAUUUUGCCAGCAAAAGAACAUGUAAUAUUUCAGUAGCCCCCAAGUCACACUUUGAGAUACAACUGUGGUAUCUGUCUACAAAUUUUUAAGGGCAUCAGAAGCAUGUCAAAGCUAUGUUUUUUUAAAAGAGAAAAUAUAUAAGUUGUUUACUUUAUAAAGAUGUAUGUUUUAUCCAGGCUAAAUGUUUUCAAAAGUUAAAGCUAAUUACUAUCUACUCUAAUUUAUCAAAGUUAGAGAUUAGGAUAAAAAAUCAAACACUUUGCAGUGUGGCCUUUUUGAUCAGUGAGCAAUAGUCCUGAUUCACUUCCCAAAAUCAUUUAUGUCAUUAGCUAGGAACAGACAUUGUAGGGUGUGUGGGGGUGUGUGUGUAUCUGUCUGUCUUUUUGUUUUAGAUGAAGGAGCCCAUUUCUCUGCUCUGUAAGGAAUAACUAAAAUGAAGUCCAGGGUUAUACAACAUUCCCUUUAUAAAACUUUGAAAUAUCAGAGUAGACUUUUAAAGUGGCUUAUAUUGGUCAGGGAAUCUAGGAACCAGAGGCCUUUCCAUGGCAACACCUCCUCCAUUUCUCCUGGGAGUGAAAUAGCUUUAUCUCUUAUCCUGGUUUAGAUUUUUAUUUGACUAAGAAAUGAACAGAAUUCAGAGAUAUGGGUGUAGAGUUAAACUCUGCAUUGAAAGGCGAAUGACUGAAGAACACUCAAGGGUAGACCCAGCAACAAAGAGUAACCUUUCAUACUUCAUAAACUCAUGUCGUUUAGAUUUUGAGAAGCAGAUGUACACUGUUUUGCUUUUAAUGUGUAUUUUCUUUUUAGUGUGCAUUGUUCCCCAGUAUCUCCGCUAGUCAAAGAAUAUUUUAAUCUUUUCCUGAGAUACUUCAAAUCUUCCGGUGGUAGCUAUUUGUGAGUGUAGAUUUGUGUAUUUUGCAUUUCUUGUUGCCUUUAUAAAAAUGCCUUUGUAAAAUGUUCCUAAAAUUGAUGCUUAUAAAUAAUUUGGAUUUCAUGAAAUAAAAAGCAAUAUUAGUGCACUUCACAUUGUUGACCUUUCUUUUUCUGUCAUCUCCUCUUUACUAGAUUGUAUCAAUACAUUUUAGAAGUGAACAAGACUUAGCUGGCAUUUUAGUUUAACCAUUGAAGAAGUAAGUUGGAGGCUAUGUGUUUUUUAGUUAAUACCUUGAAUAAAAUGGUAAAAGCAAUUACAGCUAAGUGUGGGUUUGUCUCUUGUACAGGCUUUUAUCAACUAGGCAAUUCAUGAGAAACUCUACAGCCACAGCUCAGUUCCUGCUGUGCCUUUUUAUGAGGCAGCAAUUUUUUGAUCAAUGGAAAAUAGCACAGCUACCAGAUAUUUUGAAAAUUCCAUUCUUUAUUUCUUGAAAUAUGCAUAU